AUGCCAAAUCCAAUUCAAAUUAUAAAAUCCCAACACACAAAUAAUAGUCUGCAACGGAAACAACAACGCCAUGCAGCACUUUCGACAUUUCCUUAUCCUCUUGUUGUCUCUCAUUUCACUUCCUCUUAUUCGGGCCGGUGUCGAAAGAUAUCCGGCUGUCGGAUGGACACCAUAAAGAAUGUCAACGAUCCGCACGUGAUUCAGAUCGCGAAAUUUGCCGUUAGCGAAAAUAAAAUGCGGUCGAAAAUAAAAUUGGAGUUAGUGGCGGUGGUGAGAGGCGCAACAAAGGUGGUUUCCGGGAUGAAUUAUCGGUUGUUGUUGAAGGCCACUGACGGAACCGCAACCAAUCUAUACCGUGCUAUUGUGUAUGAGAAGGCAUGGGAAGGUUACAAGAAGCUUGCCUACUUCGAACCUGCCCAAGGUUAUUCUUAUUAA